AUGAAUUCCAGCCUAGACUGUGUGCCACCAUUGCUGUCAUGCUCAGGGCCACUCUGUUGUAACAGCCACAAUCUCCUAUGCCAGUCUUUGAGGCCUCUUUUACCCGGAUCUGGGCUCUGGUCCCCAGCUGCACUGCCACAGGCCACUGUUGAGUCAGUUCACUGCUACCCACCUGAGUCGCAUGAGACAAAUGAGGAGUUUGAUGCUCGCUGGGUAACAUAUUUCAACAAGCCGGAUACUGAUGCUUACGAAUUGAGUAAAGGGAUGAACAUGCUGGUAGGCUAUGAUCUGGUUCCAGAACCCAAAAUCAUUGAUGCUGCUUUGCAAGCCAGACAACCAAAAGAUUUCACUAGUGCAGCUCACACCCUAGAGGUUAUUAAGGACAAAGCAGAACCUCAUAAGGAAAAGUACUCCUAUGUCAUCCAGGAACUUAGACCAACUUUAAAUGAACGGGGAAUCUGCACUCGAGAGGAGCUGGGCCUUAACAUAGUGUAA